UCCACGUAUAUGGCUCUGAAAGCGCAUUCGCAUGGACUUGGGCACGAACACCACCUCCAACUCCAUCCUCAACUGACCCCGAUCUCCGGCUUGGAGCCGCGACCAUUGGGAGCUGCACCACACCGACUGCGCCACAGCUGCCUAGCGCUGCACGUCGCACCGAUUGAGCGCGUCAGUGUGCCUUUGGUUGCAAACCUCGCCAAACAGCACUCACGUCAGGGCACUCCACGUCCAGCACGUAUUCUCUGCGCCCGUCCAAAGUGGGACUUCGCACACGUACAUUCGCUCACUAGUACACACGGCGCUCGCCUUACGAUGUCCGUCGCUGCACAAGCCGCAGAGCGACAAUUGUUGGCUCUCAUUGUCGAUGAGGAUACAGCCACCGGACUUCUGCUCGCAGGAGUAGGAGACGUAGCACCCGACGGUUCGAAGAACUUUACCAUCGUCACGCCAUCCACGCCAGUAUCAGAGAUCGAAGCUAGCUUCAACACCUUUACCAAUGAGAGGAAAGAUAUUGGCAUCUUGCUGAUUAAUCAGCAUUUGGCGCAGAAGAUCAGACCGAUCGUGGACAAGUACCAACAGGCCUUCCCUGCGUUGCUCGAGAUUCCCAGCAAGGAUCAUCCCUAUGAUCCCUCAAAGGACUCAAUUCUCAAGCGUGUCCAGAAGUUAUUUGGAGAAUGAGGCCUUCCACUGCUUUUCAAGCUGUCCGAUCUCGGAGCAUCGCUUCCUCUCCUGCAGGGUGCACGACCUUUCCUCUCGCACGCACAUAACAUCACUGCCUCCCCACGCAUCACGAAUGGCUUAAUCGAUGGGUCUGUCACCGUCAAUCGCG